AGACCUCAUGAUAACACGUCAGCCUCCCACUCGCCUCCCCUGCUUCUUCUACCCUAACACUAGACGGAACCACCCUUACCAUACGACGAGAGAACGAUGGCGUCGAAUCUGAGCCGCCUAUUCUCCACGAGGCUGGUCCUCCCCACCGGCGGAUCCGCCCGCCCGGCGGUGUUCCGCCUCUUCGGCUCAUCGAAUCAGGAGGAGAGCGGCAGCGCCAGCAAGGGACGGGAAGAGGAUGCGGUCAAAGAGAGUAAGACCAAGCGGGAGGAUGCAGAAGAAGCAAUCGAGGAAGGCGCCGCCGGGGAGGAGGAGUGCGUGAACAGGGAGACCGGCGAGAUCGGCGGGCCGAGGGGGCCCGAACCGACCAGGUACGGCGACUGGGAGCGGAGGGGCCGCUGCUCCGACUUCUGAUCGGUACGGUCGCACUUCCCUCAGCUCUGAGAUUUCGGAUUAUGCCAUUAAUCACCUCAAGCAAUUAGAGAGAAUCUAUGAUUCGAUGUUUCGGUGUAUUUUCCCUUUGUAAAAUAAAGAAGGAAAAAUAACAGUGAUGUAUUUCAAUUUUUACAUGUUAUUUGUUAUUUUAGUUUAUGUCAAGUCGAUUUUUUAUA